UAUAGUUGCUGUGUUGAAGAUAAGAGGGAAACGGAGUGGAAUAUCCGUUACAGAAAGAGCAGGCAUCAUGGAAGUGAAACAUUUCAAUAUGACCAACUGUCAUUGUGGGGGAGACGGUUGCUCUCUGUACGAUUGCCCCACACCAGGACAAACUUUUUGUACCUCCUCUAACACAGAUGAAAUAGCUGUUCAAGACAUCGAUCUUGACAUGACAUCAUUUCUGUCUGCCUCGUGCGUAGACGACAUACACACCACCGUGUUCACCAAUACUCUUUGCAUGAGUGGAGGUUCGACUUCCGAAACUGUGUCGGUCAACAAAAGCAGAGCUUCUCCUGUAAUGUUUCACACUCUUAGAAACGUACAAGAGGCGUCAUCACUCUCCGAAAUUUCUGUUAAAAAACCAUUCCACAAACCUUUACGUUCCCUAGAAUAUUACGAAAUAAACAACAACCAAUCGCCCACACAUCAGGGUUGUGAAACAGGGAAACCAACCUACAGAGGUAUCUGGCCACAAGAAAACAUCAACUCUAUGUAUACGUGGUUUGAUGCAGCCCACCAGACGGUUUGUGGUGGCCUUCAGUGCGGGACUCUCCCGUCUGAUUCAUCCAGCCAGCCGCGCGUGUCGUCACCGAGCUUCGACAACUUGCACAAUGCGAUCCACUCUCAAAUAGACUCAGCAGAGUUAGCCAUCGACGUGAAUUGUCUCUCAAACUAUGAACUCCCGUGUCUCUCGCCAGACUUUUUAAACUUUCAUACAGGAUAUUCAAGCUCCGGAGAACACGAAGAAUUAAAUAUUCCACAAAUACUCACCAGAACUUCUCCUCAACACACGAAUGAUUUUAGCACAGUUUGGGUAUCCGCCUUGCCAACCCCUUCUCCCAGUGUGUCUGCUGACCAACCCGUCACCCCUCUAACUGAUGCCGUGGAGGAGUCGGAUGAUGAUGAUGAUGAGCCUGAUCCAUCUGUUACAGUUCCAGCAGAUCCUGCAGAAUGGAAUUCAGAUCACAUCCGAGAGUGGUUAGACUGGACACAGAAACAGUUUGGACUCGAGUUCAUAGCCAAAGCUACGUUCCCGUCUUCAGGUGCUGACUUGUGUCAGCUGACCAGAAACGAUUUUUGUCGUUUAACAGGACCAAAAUCGGCAGAUGUUCUUUUCACUUAUCUUUCACAUCUAAAGCAAUCUAGUGGGCAUGCUCCUCUUCCACCACCAGACUACCCUCUAACACCUGAGGAGAACAGUUCUGUGAGUGAUGACACUGAUGACAAAAGUCUUUACGUCGAUAGUAACAAAGCGACUUCGCUUAAGUGGUCUUUUGGUAUGCCAGGUGAUCUAACAAAACAAGAUCCUCUUAAAGCACUGAACGAUGUAGGAAGUCGGCUAGCUUCUCAAGGGAGUGGUCAGAUUCAACUUUGGCAGUUUCUUCUACAGCUGCUAUCGGAAGAAAAGAAUGCGAAUUGCAUCACGUGGGAAGGAACUGACGGAGAAUUCAAACUGAUAGAUCCAGACGAAGUUGCUCGCCGCUGGGGAGAACGAAAAUCAAAACCCAACAUGAAUUAUGACAAACUAAGUAGAGCAUUACGGUAUUACUAUGACAAGAACAUUAUGACCAAAGUGCAUGGAAAACGUUAUACGUACAGAUUUGAUUAUCGUGGCUUGGUUCAGGCAUUCCAGCCACCACCUCUGGAUUCAAAGGCUUUAAAACUUUCUUUAGACCUCCUUUUCUCAAAAGAUGAAGAUGUACCUUCAUCGGCAUUAGCUUUCGAUUCAUGUUACUAUAGCAACAAACAUGCAGUGUCCGUUCACUCUAGCUUACCUAAGAAUUCUUCAAAUUCCAAGGUGUAUAACAUAAACUGCACUUAGUUUAUCCUAUAUCAUCACACAGUGUCAUAAAGAUCAAAAGUACACGGAAUUCUCAUCAUUUCGCUUAGUGUAAAACUAAGAAGGGACGGUUAUCAAGAUAUAGUAUAUAUUUAGCUAGCAGGUAAUUCAGAUCAAUCUUUUACAUUUCCACUUAUUUUUGUUUUGUUUUCCUAUCAUGAAUAAACAAAUAAUUCUUAAAAUAUUCACGUUGCAACGGAGUAGUCGUGAAUGUUUAACGUCUUCCUGUUUCUGCAUUUAUGAUUUCUUAUUACUUUAUCCAAUACAAUAUUUUACUUGCCAAAUGUGGAAUAGUUUAUCAUUAUUUUGACUGUUAGAAUAAUAAAUCUGUUUGAGCAUUACAAUACUGAUCUAUCGAUAACUAACCACUUAGGAACUCUUGUGGGAAAUUAUUCUGCUUCGAAACUAUAUAUGAUCAUUACAAAAAAAAAGGAAAAUAUUUAUUUCCAAAGCAGCACAACCUUAAUUUUUGUGUGUAAAUGUCUGAAAAAUGCUUAAAAGGGAGCUUUAAAGUUCAA